AUGGUUUUAAUAACAGAGAAAGAAGGUGAAGCUGGAAAACUUCAGGAGAAUGGAGUUGCCAGACUGGGCAAAAUUGCUAUGGACACACCUGUCAUGUCCUUCAAUGAGGUCGACAAGGACAGCGAAGAUAUUGAGGAAUCGGAACAACAUGAAGAAUCUGAAGAUGAUUACACUCGAAAUUACUGGGAGGAUGAGGAUGAUAUCUACCAGGAGUUUGAGGAACUGGAUUUUGAGGCUCUCUCAGAUAACUUUGACACAAGGAGCAUUGCGUCUGACGAUUCUUUCUACCCGCUUGACACUUCAGUGGGAUCUGACGGUCAACGCGCAUCGUGUCGCGGGAGCCCAGAGCCGAUAUCCUUCUUUAAGGCUUGCUGCAAUAACAACACCAUCAUCGUCAAAAUCAUGAUCAGACAAGGACUGACUGAGGAGGAAGUACACGAGACAGACCGGAACAGAAGAUCUGCACUGAUUAUAGCGUGUUACUAUGGUUAUGUGGACGUGGUCAUCGCCCUAGCCCAGUGUCCUUACAUUGAUGUCAACUGGCAGGAUAAUGAGGGUAACACUGCCCUUAUUACAGCAGCACAAGCAGGUCACGUGGUCAUCUCUCAUUACUUGCUGAAUUACUUCCCCGGGCUGGACCUUGAGAGGAGGAACUGUCACGGUUUCACAGCUUUAAUGAAGGCUGCGAUGCAGGGUCGGGCCGACACUUGUAGAGCGCUCAUGCUGGCUGGAGGUGACAUGCAAGCCAGAGACAAUGGGCGGAAAAUGACAUCACGGGAGUGGGCUCUCUUCACUGGUCGCUAUGAGACGGCUUACCUGAUGUAUCUGGUCAUGAUGAAGCCCUGUGCUGAGCAGUUCUGUGACUCCUUCAGCCUGGAGUGGCCCUUGCUGGAGGAUCUGGUUGCCAAGGCAGAAGAGCCAAAGUCCUGCUGGAAACGUUCUCUUGACCUUCUGUCCUGCUGCCCUUACAGAUUUUACCUUAACAAUAAGGUGAACCCUGUGGAUGACGGUGUUCUAGAGCACAUGGUCCAGAUCACUACUGGUCUCAGGAGUCCAUUAAUUGCUAUAUCCUGCCGGACAGUGUGUCCAGGAAGCCCGCCGUGCGUUGGAAAACGGCGCUACGCAGUGCAGGAAAUUCUCAGGAGGCAAAGGGUGGCCGAGCUAAAGAGCCUUGGCCCGGACAGGUUGAACAAUUACAAGAGAUUUUUCCAGAACUCACGGGUGCUCCUCAUCCCCAAAGCGAGGGAUCGGCGAGCCAGCCUCCAGCCUCAACUGCUCGAUGACAUGGCUGCUGUAUCCAAAGGGGCCAUAAGGCGGGCGAGUCUACUACCACUUCAUUUACUAAGGAGGAGCAGCGUGCGACCGGGCAUUGUGAUACCAAAGGUGAGGCUCUGCAAGGCCCCAGAUCCUACUUUUAAACCAGAAAAGCUCAGACGGAACAACGACUAUAAUCAGCUUCAAAUUCCAAAAUGGGAUUACAAGAUGAAGAGAAUAGAGAGAAAGAAGGAGGAGAGACUUUUAUUACAGACAAGGCGAAGAUGAGAGCGAAGCAAACCAAGUUAUGAGAUUACAUUCUGCAACCAGACUAAUGGGGGAGCAUUUCACUCACUUGACUUUUGUGCAAGUAGAGACGGUGAAAUUCCACUGAAAGACACUAUGGGCCCUGUGGAGCAAUUGAGCAUGGUGUCUGCCUUUGCCCAAAUUCUUCGGGAAUAAGCUCCAAAUUAGGCACCAUUCCAAACAGAAUUAUCAGUAUAAAAAUCGGAUGGAUGAAUGGACUUUUAAGUUCUAUAAACUCAGCUUUCACAGUGGGGGAGAACUUCUUGCAGAAGUGAAUAUUUCUCUUGUUAUUAGUACAUUUAUUUACUCAAUGUAUUCACAAAACAUUCUCUGCCUCUUUUCCUCCAUGAUGAAUCAGUCCAUUAAUAUUAAACAUUUUGAAGUUUCUUCAUUGCUGAAUGAUAUUUACUGUUGUCGCAAAACAGGGUAAA